AUGGCAGAAGUUGCUCCCGCUGCACCCGCCGCCCCUGCGGCCGCUCCGGCCAAAGCCCCGAAGAAGAAGGCGGCCAAGCCGGCCAAGAAGUCCGGUCCCGGCGCCAGCGAGCUCGUCCUGAAAGCGGUGUCCGCCUCCAAGGACCGUAAAGGCCUUUCUUACGUGGCGCUGAAGAAGGCGCUGGCCGCCGAAGGCUACGACGUGGACCACAACGCCGUCCACAUCAAGCGCGCCGUCAAGAGUCUGGUGGUGAAAGGAGCCCUGGUGCAGACCAAGGGGACCGGCGCGUCCGGAUCCUUCAAGGCGAGCAAGGGCGCCGAAAAGCCCAAGAAGGAAGUGAAGAAGGCCGCCGUCAAAGCCAAGAAGCCGGCAGCCAAGAAGCCCGCCGCCGCCGCCAAGAAGCCCGCCGCAGCCAAGAAGCCCAAAGCGGCAAAGUCCACCCCGAAGAAGGCGAAGAAACCCGCCGCAGCCAAGAAACAGUCCGUCAAGAAGGUCACCAAGAGCCCCAAGAAGAAGACGGUGGCGGCGGCGGUGAAGAAGGCAGCUGCACCCAAAAAGCCAGCGACUCCCAAGAAAGCUGCACCCAAGAAGGCGGUUAAACCCAAAGCUGCCAAACCCAAGAAGGCCACAGCAGCAAAGAAAACAGCCAAGAAGUAAAAACACCUCCUCUCCAUCACCAACGGCUCUUUUAAGAGCCACACAAAUACUCCAAAGGCAGAUUUCCUCUGGCUUUUUCUCUUUUCAGCAGGUCAUGAUGUGUGAAAUGACUGGAAGACACAAUAUUUUGGCCCACUAUCAAAUAUCA